GGCCAAAUUCCCUACUCUUUCCCCAGCCUGUGCAAAUCUUUGGUGAAUGAAACCACUUGCAAGUAGUACUUGCAGAGUCCACAAAUCACCACUCCGGGAGCGAGUUCGCGAACCCCACCAUGGUCCCUGCAGGCGUGGACUCAAUACUAAUCACUAAUCACUAAUCACAGAUAGGAAAGGCGGGGUCGCAAAGGACACUCUCCGACUAUCCCCAGAAAUGCAAGGGAAAUCAAGAAGUCGCGAACAUUUCCCCCGAGUCUCUAAAUUUCACCCCGCGUAGGAACGACCCCUCACCACCGGCAGCCAGGAAAUCAGAUUCCGACCCCGUCGGGAAAUAACACCGAGCCUCAGUUAGCGGGAUCUUCAUCGUGAUCUUUAUCUACCCUUCCCCUCCUCUUGUCUCCCUGUGUCUAAAGAUCGACGUCAACGAGCUACAAUCGAGAAGCAGAGUUAAAAUGAUCACCGGUCUUGCGCACGUCAACAUUCUCGUCCCGGAAGGGACCCUGGACCUGGCAGAAGAUUUCUACACCAACACGCUGGGUCUCCCAUCCGCCCCAGUUCCCCACCUACAAAAAGGAACCCUUAUGUGGUUCAAUCUCACACCGGACGGCAGUCAGCAAAUCCAUGUGGCCUUUGGAAAGAACCGCGAGCUGGAUUCCAGGCGCCAUGCUUGCCUAAGGGUCGGAUCACCGGAGGCAUUGGUGACCCUGCAGCAGCGCAUCUGGGAGCAUCAUCAGAGAGGCGGUGCCGCCGCUCCUUUGCACGCCGAUCAGCCCGGCGAGCAGAACUCGGGGGCCAAAGGUGUCGAAUAUCCGGAUCGAUUUUUCGCGAGGGAUUACGCGGGCAACAGGCUGGAGUUCACACUAUGACAUCGAUAAACGAGUCUAUGAAUCAAUGUU